UUUCGCAUCCUUGGAGAGACGCUGCGCAUUUUACGCACUCAGCGCGUCCGAUUAUUCAUUAAACCAAAACCGUGAGGAGACUCUGGAGUUGGCGGAGUGCUUCCCGAUGCUCUAACGACUCCGAUCCGUGGAAAAGUGUGGGAAUUAAUCCAUAAAGAGACGUAUGAAUCGAGGGUUCCUGCUUUCUUACUUUGGAUUUGGACCAACUUGCUGAGUUGUCUACAGUCUACCAGUCACUUUUGGUAUUAUUUUAGGUAGUUAGCGUUUGGGAUUACUAUUGUCGAAGUAGCAGCUAGCAUUAGCAUUCAGUUCCCAUUUGUCCCAAGCUGGCUUUCUCCACUUGGAGAUAAUUAUUGCCAUUAGUGUUAACAUCAGCUUCAGGUUACAAUUAGCUUUUUAUCACGUCACCUACUUGGUGUCAAACCAUUAGCAUUAGCGCUGAGUACACGUCGGAUAUUUAACAUUAGCUGCUAGUAUGGAACGCAGUAGCUGGAGCGGCAGUGAGAGUCCAGGGGAUGACAUGGAAAGACUGAGUGACUCUGGAGGGGAUAAGACCAUGGACGGGGAUCCUGAAGGGGUCUGGAGCCCCGACAUCGAGCAGAGCUUUCAAGAGGCCCUGGCCAUCUACCCGCCCUGUGGAAGGAGGAAGAUCAUACUAUCAGAUGAAGGAAAGAUGUACGGUCGAAAUGAGCUGAUAGCCAGAUACAUCAAGCUCCGAACAGGCAAGACGCGGACAAGGAAACAGGUCUCCAGUCACAUCCAGGUUUUAGCCAGAAGAAAAUCCAGGGAGUUUCAAUCCGACCAGAAUGCCAAGGAGAAGGCUCUGCAGAGCAUCUCCUCCAUGUCCUCAGCUCAGAUCGUCUCAGCCACCGCCAUACACAGCAAGCUCCUGCCUGGAAUAGUACGGGCCAGCUUCCCCAGCAACGCACAGCUGUGGCAGGGGAUGAUUCCUGGAGGACAGUCGAGCUCCACCACAGAAGAUAUCAAGCCGUUCUCUCAGCAAGCCUACUCUGUGCAGACGGCAGGGACCACCACAAUCUCAGGCUACGAGCCUCCCACUUCAGCCCAAACACACAGAGAGCCAGCGUGGCAUGGUCGCUCCAUCGGCACCACCAAACUACGACUGGUAGAGUUUUCAUCUUUCCUGGAGACACAGAGGGACCAGGAGGCAUACAACAAGCACCUAUUUGUGAACAUCAGCCAGAGCAACCCGAGUUACAGCGACCCCCUGCUGGAGUGUGUGGACAUCAGGCAGAUCUACGACAAGUUCCCCGAGAAGAAGGGCGGCCUCAAGGAGCUGUUCGGCAAGGGCCCGCAAAACGCUUUCUACCUGAUCAAGUUCUGGGCGGACCUGAGUUCUAAUGUGCAGGACGACCCAGCGGCCUUCUACGGUGUCACCAGCCAAUACGAGAGCUCGGAGAAUAUGACCAUCACUUGCUCCACCAAGGUCUGCUCCUUCGGCAAGCAGGUGGUCGAGAAGGUGGAGACGGAAUACGCAAGGUUUGAAAAUGGCCGCUUCAUCUACAGAAUCAGUCGCUCCCCCAUGUGUGAAUACAUGAUCAACUUCAUCCACAAGCUCAAACACCUGCCUGAGAAAUACAUGAUGAACAGUGUGCUGGAGAACUUCACUAUUCUGCUGGUUGUGAGCAACAGAGACACUCAGGAGACCUUGCUGUGUAUGGCGUGUGUGUUUGAGGUGUCCAACAAUGAGCACGGAGCUCAGCACCACAUCUAUCGACUCGUCAAGGAAUAACACACACACUAGUACACGUGCACACAUAAGGCCUUUUGGUGAUUAAUUGGGACAUUGGAGGUAAAAUGCCUAAAAACUGAAAGUGUCUAUCAGCCAAACAACUCGACUUAGUGGAAGAAAAACGGCUUCAUUUUAUACGGCUGCUCACAAAAACACCACUACAAUGAUUGGCUCCAUUUUUAUUUAACAUCAGAUGUAUGCUGCAGAAUCCUCCACAUACAUCUUAACUCCAACUUGAAUAUCAGAUGUUCAUUAGCUGUACAAAAUAAUAAUAAUUAAUUAAUGCAAAGCACAGUGAAUCACACCAACAUGGACCUGGGUGGUUUUCCCAAAAACAUCCUGACUGAUAUCACCUGGAGAGGUCAUGUCUCCUCCUAAUUGGUUUCUUCCCCUCUUUCUCCCAGUAAAUGUGUAUUUUGCUGUUCUGUAGAUGAAAGUGGUACUUCUGUCAUGUGCUUUUGGAAAAGUCAACCCAGGGAAAAGAAAUCUCACAAAACUCGCCGCCUGUGAAAGAGUGUGUGUUAUCUGCCAAGAUACUGACGGACAGCGAAAGUCAGACCCUGUGUAUCAUCAAUAACCAGAAAAGAAAACAACACUACUGCAUUAUCAUAUAGUACAAUAUAGAGUCGGUUUUGUACAGAUAUCCACUGCAAAUUGUGUGAGCUGCAUUCUUGCACAAAAAAGAGGUUUGUUCCCAAAGAAAAUAAAUCACAUUUUUAACUUUUUGUAUGUUUUCUUUAAAAAAAAGACAAAAAAAAAGAAUAGCUUCUAAACUUUGGGAAAUUGUUUAUUGAUAGUAGCAUAUAGACUAUAUUUUAAUUCCAGGAACACUAUCUAAAAUCUAUGUUGAUAAGAAAGUAUAAGUUAAAUUGAACAAUUCAGGUACCUGUUUGUACAACAAGUGACUCUUCAUCAAGAUUGAAUAAAUCAAUGUUAAAGCUAUAAUCCUUAAGCUUUCAGUCUCGGCUCUUUCAAAUGCUACCUGUCAGUACUUCACAAUAAAAGCAGCUCCAUGUUGUCUCUGUUGAGCGCUUUCAUUAUGAAGCAGCUGCAGUAGGAACUGUUGUGUUAGCAUUAGCAUUAGCAGCUGUGAUGCGGCUGCAGGAGAGUUAACAGUGAGGCUGGAUUACAUGUGUCGCCUUUAACAACUAACACUACCAUACCGAGAGAUAAUUACAGAUUGCUGAGAAAAUGCAGACCAUAAAAUGUUUUUUUUAAAACAGGGUUUACUUCAAAUCUUAAGGAUUAUAACUUUAGAAAUGAAAUAUAUCGUGGUCAGUCCAUUGGGAAGCACUGUGAAUCUUUAAAACACAACGACGUCAUUCAUGGCGUACAAGGGAAGGAAACAUUUCAAAGUGUUCAAACAAAACUAUGAUUUUUCUGAUCAGGUUUCACUUAAUUUAAUCUUAAUUUAAUUAAAUUUAGUUCAAUAUUCUUGCACCAGCUAACUUGAGCUUUAACAAACUGACAAAUGUGUUCAAGCCUGAAAUGUUAUUACGUCCAUAUUUGAAUUGGAGAUUGCCCUGACUAGAAGCCGUGGCAUGCUUCUUCAUUUUGAGAAACAUGGUUGGAGACACAGUUCCCUUUAAUCAGUCCAGGACUAGUUUCUUCCAGUUUGAUGAUAUCAUGUCAGAAUUAAAGUCAUUUAUGAAUCAAAAACCAAAAACUGUUGAUGAAGUGUACUGUAGCAGGUGAUGAUAAGUGGUGUGUGUGUGUCAUGCUCAGCAGCAUGAAGUGCCUUUGGUUGGGAACAGCAGUAGACAUUUAUAAUCUGUUUUGCGAAAAGUCCUGAUGAUUUGGUGUUGUAAAUGUGUGUAUAGAAAGGCAUUUUAAAGGCAUAAUUAUGUAUCACAUGCUCCAGUUUUCAGUGUCUGAGGGCUAACUAUCCAAAUUCCAUAUUUAAUGGCUGUUACUUGUUGUAAUUUGUAGACAGUCAGCAGUGAGCCGUUCUAAAGAAUCGUAACUGUUCCCACAGGAUGUUAAAGAGACACAUUCUUGUUCGCUUCAUUUGAUGGCACUAUUUACAUGUAUUUGCAUUUGUGUAUUACAUGUAUGUGUGAUUCAUGUUGAAACAGCUUGCACAUUGUCUGGUGCCUCAUUUUAUAAAAUACAACUUGGACUUCUAGAGAAGAGCAAUUCUAAUUUGCGUAUCUUCACAUCGCGGCUUUACAGCCGAAUUGAAAGCGUUCUGAAGAACAUACUGAAGAACGACGAGCCAGCAUGCUGUAUUCAACCAUGAAGAAUACGGUGUGCUGAUUAACACAGUGUCUACACUCAUGUGAUUAUGUUUCCUGUGUGACCAGCUGGGAUGCUAUGUGGUGUCCAGAGUACGCAGUGAUUUCAAGAGAAAACCAGUUGACCAGACCUGAAAUGAGCCAUCUUUAGUCACAAGUGUUACAUAUUUGGUCUUAACGGUGACUCAGAUCUGACUGCUGUGGAACCACCUUCAGUCUUCUACCUUUGUGCUGAAAAAUGUUAAGAUUUGUCAUCGUCCAAAACGACUGUAUUAUGUCUAAAGACUGCUGUGGUUGUCUCUCAGGGUUACAAACAUGUCCAACACCUGUGAAUCAUUCUUACAGGAAAACCCCUUUCAAAACCCCCUCCGCCUCCGCCUCCAACUUUCCCAGAGCUUUGUCUCACACUACAGUGGUUUGUUGUUUGCAGGCAGACUAUAGACCUUCACAGCAGCGCACUAACAUGUAACAUGUACAUGAUAAGCCGACACACAGCUCCAGAGGGGCUGAUUUUGCAAUAAUGACCCUCUGUCUGGACAUCCCACCUGCUUACCAAAGACAGUCAUCAUGUGACACAGAAUACAGAGGAACAUGGAUUUAUUACAAGAUAGAGUAACUUACCACAAGCUUCUGCCAAAAAAUAGUUUCAAGGACUAUCAACCUCCAAACACGUGUAGCUCAUGGGCUACACUGUACAACUGUACAGAUGUGAGUAAAACACACAACGAAAUAAACAAAACGUGAUGGACAUAGGGUUUUGAACCUGGUUUAGAAAAGUGUGCAUGUUUUUGUCUUUAAAAACACUUUUGAUUUGACCUUAUCAAAUAUGGACACCUCUUAUCAUCUUGGUUGGCAGACUGAAGAAGCCCUGUAUGAGAAGGUCACAGGAAACUGAUUUAUUCAAAUCACAGUGGCAGAAAUGUCUGUUAAACUUAACAAGGACUCAACGAUAGGGCUUUACUGUUAACUGUCCGCUCAUUAUAAUCAACUAGAGACUAAAGUCACACAAACAGCCGUGUAUUUGAAACCUUUUGGUCUUCAAAAAACUGCCAAGUUUCUGAGUCAUCGUCAUCUGUGUUGUUAAUGUUGUCUCGUAUGUGCAAGUUGGAUAUUUAUCUUCUUUUCCGAACCACAUGUGGCACAGAAAUCCUGUCUGUAAUCAAUUCCAAAAUGGCCUUGAAUCUUUUUCGCUCCAGUGCAUGUGCAGCACAUCUGUAUGUGCACUGAGGGUUUUUGAUAAGGUGCUUUAUAUAAAGGUGACAAUAACGUUUAUUACAGAUGUUGUGUAUAUCUUUGAUAUUCUAAUGUUUAUCCCAUUUUGCGAAGAAGAGAGUACAUUUAGGAACAUCCAAAAGCUAGUAAUGUAUGCCUAUUGGUACUGCACAGGGUCUGAUCUUUGCUUUGUAACAUUUGUUCCCCCUCAUGGCUAAAUGUAUGUUAGAUAUUUUCUAGCUUUGUAGAAACUUUGUACGCAUAUGCUAUUCAGUUUAAAUAAAUGGUCAGUU